AUGAAUGAGGUCGACUUCUACUCUAAGCCGUUUAUUGAAAACGCCUCGGAUGAACUGUUGAAUUCCUUAUUCAGAGAGGAGGGGGUCUCUACAGAUAUGCAAAUGGGCGAUUCACUUACCUCGGGAGGCCUAUAUUUCGAUGGUCACGAUAGUGAAAUAUUUACUGAUGCAUCGACUGUCAGUACUCAGCCGAAUGGCGAUUUUGCCCCUAUAAAUUACUCCUCGUCCUAUAGCUAUGGCAUAAGUUUUCCAAAUAGCAGCGGUUUCCCACCACUUAUCCCUUUCAUGAGCGAGAGUUCGGAUAUUGCUGUUCCCAUGCCUUAUACUACACCAAUCUAUGAACCAUCCGAAGUGUCCCUUCUUGCCCCUCAGAAUGACGAGCCUCAGCAUCUAAAGCGCAUCCGAUCUGACCCAAUGAUGGUAGACCAUUCGUUAGAGAGUCGUCCCAUCGUUCGCACAAGUUCGCGCACCAGCUUGCGCUCUCGGAACUCCGACUACUCAGAAAAGCGAAACCAGCACAACAUCUCUGAGAAGAAGCGCAUCGAGCGAAUGAAUUGCUGCAUCAACGAGCUCUUCACGCUCCUCGAAUCCUCCGGCGUCUCCAUCCGCAAGAACAAAGUCACCGUCCUCACCGAGACCACCAAGAAAAUCCGCUACCUCGAAUCCGCCGUCAAAGAACUCCGCCAGAAAGUCCGCGAGGCCGAACUGAAUUCGCGCCGACUCACCAAGGAAGUCCCCAUUCGCACCAAUCGCAGCUCCGUCAACUACCACGUCAUGUUCCUUCAGAACCCCGUUCCCCAGGCCAUUCUCGCCGCCGACGGACAGUUCCUCGACGCCAAUUCGCAGUUCUGCAGCUUGACCGGCAAGACCGUGCAGGAGCUCCGCGAGAUGACGCUCUUCAAGUUCGCGCACCCCGACGACCUGCCCUGCGCCUUCGGGUCGCCUCCGUGCUCUGCGCUCACCGGUAGGUCCUACUCGGCCAUGCUGCGCGGCGACGCCGCCACCAACAGCGUCUGCAUGCUGCGCCACUGCUACAUCGGCGAUUGCUACCAGUCCGUCUUCCUCUCCCUCUCGCUCCUCCGCAUGGACACGCCGCCCAGGGCUCCUAUGGCUCCUAUGGCUCCUAUGGCCUCUAUGGGCCCUAAUUCUGCACCAAUAGGGGCCAUGAAAACAAUCGGGUCAAUGGGGUCCAUGGCGUCCAUUGGCUCCAUUGGCUCCAUUGGCUCCAUUGGCUCCUUCGGCUCCAUGGCCUCCGUGGAAUCCGCCGGCUCCGGCAGAGUGGGCAAUCCCGCGGAAAUCUGGGUCGAUGGCGCAAGGAGCGGCGCGAAAACCGCGGGAAUCGACGCCCCGCCGAACGGAGCGAUGAACAGCGGGUUCCCCGCGGGGAAUGCGAAUGGGAGCACAACCAUGAAUCAAGGGAACACAAUCAUGAAUCAGGGGAACACAAUCAUGAAUCAGGGUACUGGAAAUGGUACUCCAUCUCCGAGCCACGGCUCCGGUUCCUCCGGUUCCUCGGGUUCCUCGGGUUCCGACUCCGCGUGCGCUGCGUCCGUCUGCUUCGUGUGGAAUUUGCUGCCGCUGCUCGCGUGCUCAUGCACCGAUGCCUGCAGGGAUACCAUGAGGAAAUGCUCGGGGCUGCUCAGGGGACGCGAUGGAAGCCUCUAUCAGAUCAGCUUCCCUGCCGAUUUGGUGCCAUGGGGACCGCAGCCGGUUGACUCAAAUACCGGCGUGCCGAUCCGGGGAGCGUUCGCUGGGAGGAUGUUCGGGGCGUAGAGAGAGAAACGCAUUGUAGUUUAGAUAU